CGUAAAGAGAGUGAGAGAUUUGGACACAACACUCACCAAAAGGAUCUGUAUCUGGGUUUGAGAAGAAACGGAGAAAAAACCCUUCUCUGUGAAAAAAGAAUGGCUUCAGAUCCAAAACUUCACUCUUUCGAAGAGGUGGCAAAGCACAAUCAGACCAAAGAUUGCUGGCUUAUCAUUUCUGGAAAGGUGUACAAUGUCACCCCUUUUAUGGAUGAUCAUCCAGGAGGUGAUGAGGUUUUGUUAUCUGCAACAGGGAAAGAUGCAACCAAUGAUUUUGAAGAUGUUGGACACAGUGAUUCUGCUAGAGAGAUGAUGGCAAAAUACUAUAUUGGUGAGAUUGAUGCAUCAACUAUCCCACUAAAGCGGACCUACAUUCCACCCCAGCAAACUCAGUACAAUCCUGACAAGACUUCAGAAUUCAUGAUCAAGAUUUUGCAGUUCCUCGUCCCACUCCUGAUACUGGGCUUGGCCUUUGUUGUCCGACACUACACCAAGAAAGAUUAGUGCUUUCUUUAUCACAUUGCACCCUAGUGAAGGAUCUGUUAGCUAUUUAUACAGUGUCAUUUAAAGCAGUGUUUAGUUUUAUUUCUGGUGUCUUGAGCAUUGAAACUGGAUCAUAGACUAUAGUUCAGUAAGCCAAUCUUUUCCAACUUUCUUUGGCCCAUUGGUAUUGUGUCAUUGUCACUGAAGAACCUAAUGUUGGACAAUAAGUUUCCUUCCUUUUUUUAUUCAUGAUCGUUGCUUUUUUUAAAAAUUAUUUCUCUUUUUUCUUUCAAGGAUCACCCUAUCUUCUUUGCUGGCUUAAUAUGUGUCAUUGUAACACUGUCGUCUAAAAUGAGUUGGCCCGAAUGGAUUGGGUAGCUCAUUUUGUUAGCUUUAUCCAUCUGGAAUUUGGAACAUGUGCUUAAAGUAUGAGUAACAGUAAAAACAAGACAGCCUUGCACAUACAAAAGGACAAGAAAAGGAGUGUGAACUAAAAUCUCAAAGCCUUGAGGAAAUGGAGAAGCGGAACAGUAUAACUUCGAGAUGCAGAAACCAAAACUGCAAGUACGACAAUGGAUGAAUUUUUUAUUUUGUAUUCAAUGGUGAAAGUAGCAUGGAGCAUGGGCCAGAUAUUGACAAAUAGGAAAUGGCAAGAAACGGUUUGGACAAGAAAACAAAAAAACAGAAAAGCUAACUGUAUUACAAAGGGGAAUAAAAGAAGAAAGAAGACACUUCAUAGUCCCUUGCAGUCUAUUUUUAAGGGUGGUGCUGUUGAUUAUUUUUAAGAUUAUUAGUAGUUUCUGAAGUUGGACUAAUACGUUUAUUUUAGAUAAAUAAUAUCGAGAUUCUUAAC